AUGUAUUUUACAGAAUAUUUGCCUAGAAUAAAUUCUAUAUCGGUAAUAGUUGAGAAUAAUGAUCCAAUAGGCAACUUAAUAGAUAUAAGACUAAGUAGUAGAGAUCAAGUCUUGAUUAAGUUCCACGAUAAUGAAAUAUCAGUAAAUUUACCAGUAAAAAUAAAGAGAGAUGAUAAAAUACGAAUAGCAAAUGCAAAUCAAACAGCCGACUACUUGCAAUUAACUAUUGCCUUAACACCACAUGAUUCAAAUGAUGUGUCAGAAAAAACUGAAUCAUUCAUGGAUUUUUCCUCAUCAAAUUUGGUUCAGAAAUGGUCAUGUAAAGAUUUGAAAACUAAAACUCCACAGACUGACAAUAAGAACAAUUUUAAACUCACUUGCCUAAAAUGUUCCCAUGCAAUAAUUGAUUCUAAGGAGUAUGAUAGAUUUUUUGACAUGCCGUCUGAAUUGUGGUCAGAGAUGAUGGAAUUUUGGCACUGUCAUAAGCCGGCGGAGGACCCUAAUGAAAAAGAUUCCCAUCGAAAUUAUAAUGGUAAUCUCAAGCCUGGCGAUAAUGAUGUUAUAAUUGGAAGCUCUUACUUUUUGAUAAACAAAUCUAAACAGCUCGAGAUUUCAGAUCAAGACGUGAAAUGUGGAUUGUGCAAAUAUAAUUUGGGAAUUUUAGACAAUUCUACCUUGAAACUUUUUAAGUGGAACUUAGCAUUGAAAUAUAAAGAAAAUAUAGAGACGUUCCCUUCUUAUAUCUACGUUUAUAACUUAAUCGUUGAUAAGAUAAAUUUAUCUGCCAUUAGAAAAUUUAAUGUGACAUCAGAAUCAAGGCAGGAUUACAUGUUCAUCUGGAUAAUGAAUAUUGGGGUAGAUGUAUCAACUGAAAACUUCGUUUUGAAUAAUUCUAUGAAAGUAUUCUAUUAUCAUGAUGAUAUCAGAGGCAUUUCAAAAGAUGAUGAAAGUAUAGAAUCCGUAGUUUUACAGGAUGAUGUAUUUAAUGACUUCCUGAAACAGUUAUCUAAAAUAAAUAAUUUCAUACCAAACUUGAAGAAGACAAUGACCUUGAAACUAGAUGAAGAAGUAAAAAUAUUUAACGUAAGCUUUAUAACAGGCUUCUAA